GGCAAGAAGAGGGAAGUUGAUUUGCCCAUGUUCAGUUUUGCGAGUGUAUCUGCUUCUACAAAUAACUUCUCUAUUGAAAAUAAACUAGGAGAGGGCGGUUUUGGAUCUGUUUACAAGGGAAAGUCACAAAGAAGAUAUGAAGUAGCUGUAAAAAGGCUCUCAAAAAUAUCUAAACAGGGAUGGGAGGAGUUAAAAAAUGAAGCCAUGCUUAUAGCCAAGCUGCAACACAAGAAUCUUAUGAAAGUUUUGGGAUACUGCAUCGAGCGGGAUGAGAAGAUAUUGAUUUACGAGUAUAUGUCCAACAAAAGCUUGGAUUUCUUCCUCUUUGCUUUGUAACUUCCACAUACAUAUACUUCCAGCUACUGUAUAUUCAAUGAGAAAACUUUACACAUUCAUCAUUUUUCACCACUUAUUUGCUAACAUCUAUUUAUUUGGUGUAAAAUGGAGAUAGAUCCUACAAAACAUGGGAUUCUGAAUUGGAAGACACGGGUUCACAUCAUUGAAGGGGUUGCUCAGGGACUUCUUUAUCUGCAUCAGUACUCCAGAUUGAGGAUUAUUCAUCGAGAUUUGAAGGCUAGCAACAUUCUUCUGGAUAAGGAUAUGAAUCCUAAAAUAUCAAAUUUUGGAAUGGCAAGAAUUUUUGGAGGCAAUGAAUCAAAAGCAACAAAACAUAUAGUUGGGACUUAUGGCUAUAUGUCCCCUGAGUAUGCUUUGGAAGGUCUUUUCUCCACUAAAUCUGAUGUCUUUAGCUUUGGGGUCUUGUUACUGGAGAUUUUGAGUGGCAAGAAGAAUACUGGAUUUUACCAAACCGACUCGCUCAAUCUUCUUGGAUAUGCAUGGGAUCUGUGGAAAGACAGCAGGGGCCAGGAGUUGAUGGAUCCAGGGUUGGAAGAGACAUUACCAACACACAUUCUGUUGAGGUACAUCAAUGUAGGCCUUCUUUGUGUUCAAGAAAGUGCAGAUGAUAGACCUACCAUGUCUGAUGUUGUCUCAAUGCUUGGCAAUGAAAGUGUACGUUUACCUUCUCCAAAACAACCGGCAUUUUCAAAUCUGAGAAGUGGGGUGGAACCACAUAUAUCCCAAAACAGGCCUCAGAUUUGUUCCUUAAAUGGUGUUACACUUUCAGUUAUGGAAGCACGAUAGUGGUUCAGAACUUAAUAAAUAAUAUGCUUAAAUUUCAGCAUAUUGUCUUGUAUUGUUCUUGGUGAAUUCAUAGCUCAUAUACUAAAAUGGACAAGUGACCUUAUGUGUGUAUUUUUCUUCCAAAACAGUUUAAUAAUCAUCUUGUACUCAA